AUGAAUUUGAAGAAUGGAUUAAUUCGUAUAAAGUGCCAUACAUACAGAGCAUACAUAACACUUUUAAAAUCCACUUAUGGAAAUGUCAAAUUUAGAAGUUUAUAGACAGGAGUGUACUUGUAAUUGUGUAUAAUGGCUGGUGAAGCGAGCCACAAGAAAAAGGGAAAAUUGUCUCGACAGGAAUCGAAUAGGUCAGAAAAAGAUUCGGAUAUAGAAACAGAUAGGCCACCAGUUGGUGUAAGCAAUAAUCAAAACAAAUCUAGACCCGGUAUUAGAGUGUAUAAAAUAGUUGUUUUGGGUGAUGGAGGUGUCGGAAAAUCAGCGGUGACAUUGCAGUUUGUUAGUCAUAGUUUCUUGGACUAUCACGAUCCAACAAUAGAGGACUCGUAUCAACAACAAGCAGUUAUCGAUGGUGAACCUGCAUUAUUGGAUAUUUUAGAUACUGCAGGCCAAGUUGAAUUUACAGCAAUGCGUGACCAGUAUAUGCGAUGUGGCGAAGGCUUUAUGAUUUGUUACAGUGUGACAGAUCGACAUAGUUUUCAAGAAGCAUCCGAAUAUAAGAAACUUAUUCAGAAAGUAAGAGCCUCAGAAGAUACUCCAAUAGUUUUAGUAGGUAACAAAUUCGAUCUUCAUUUGCAAAGGAAGGUUUCCACAGAAGAAGGGAAAUCUCUGGCACGACAGUUCGGCUGUCCCUUCUAUGAAACGUCCGCCUGCCUCCGAACCUACGUAGACGACGCCUUUCACACAUUAGUGAGGGAAAUCAGGGCCAAGGAGCGCGAGAGCACGGGCCCGCCUGACAACGAACGCAAACUACGAAGGCACAGCAAAUGGUGGCGAUUAAGGAGCAUCUUUGCUCUGGUUUUCAAGCGAAAAAGGCAGACGGGGUAUAGUUCUUCAUCGUCUGAAAUGACCAAUGAGUAGCGUUACAAUUUUUUUAUUGUUACACUGUGAUGUAUUGGACCACAUUAAAGAUUAUUUCUUCCACAGCCCGAAUAUUUCUCAGUUAGAUUUAAGUUUUUAAUGUAUAAUAGAGAUUGAAAUUGUCAUUCGCCAUACGAAAAAAAAAUAGGAACAUUCCUCAGAAAUUUAUUGUACUGCCAUUUUUAUUUUUAAGAGAAUAUUUUGUGUUAUAUUUGCCAUAUUUAGUAAUGAAGAAUCUCAGUUGCAAAUUCAACGAGAUUUUCGGGGAUUUGUCACAUAAUGAUUAGCAAUUUGAAAUGAGAGUGUAAUAUACCAUAUAUAUAUAGAUAAUUGAAAUAAGUUUAUAUUGGCAAUUCCCAUAGAAUGUUUCGGAGGGAGGUUAAUCACCGCGACCUUACAGAUCUAUUGUGACUUUCUUGAUGUAUAACGAGUUAUAACUCAUCAUACAGUCUCAGAGCCUUGACAAAAUCCAGUAUCUAAGACGGCUCCACCAGAUCAGCCGUACUAAAGUUUAUGGCACGAAAGUUGUCGUCUCGGCGCACUCAGUGAUAAGGUGUUCUGGUGUUUCCCUAUUUUUCGCACAGAGACAGUGUCCUGUUAGAAACCCCGUGACAAUCCGAAUAUUGUAAGUGCCCAUAUGAACAAUGUGAAUACUAUUUGGCGCUGUUUUUGCAGUGGACGCGAUCCAAAGCUUCUGAUGAUUUCAUAGCGGUUCGUCUUUUUUUUUUAUUUUUAUUACUCAUGAUUUAUUUUUUUUUCUUUCUUUUAUUAUUUUAUUUAUCGAUAAUGAUUAUUAUCAUUAAUCGUCAUAAAUAGAGUUUGAUUGAUCUAAAACAACCUUUAUUUUAAAUAAGAAGAAUUAUACUACUAUAUGCUACUGCCAUUACUCACUGACGAGUAUUUGAC